AUGGGGAUGCAAGGAUGCAGGCCAAGCAAGUUUCCAAUGGAACAAAAUUGCAAAUUACAAGCAAGUGAUGAUGAACAAGAUACUGAUGUCACAAGAUACAGAAGGUUAGUGGGGCGUCUACUCUAUCUAACAGUAACAAGACCAGAUAUCACAUAUGCAGUCAAUACAUUGUGCCAGUUUGUGACAACACCAAAACAAAGACAUAUGGAUGCUGUAGAAAGGGUACUGUGCUACUUAAAGUCAACUCCAGGGCAAGGAAUAUUGCUUAAAAGUGGUGCUGAAUUGAGGCUAGAGGCAUAUUGUGAUGCAGACUGGGGUGGAUGUCCCUUCACCAGAAGAUCCUGUACAGGAUAUAUGAUUAUGCUAGGAGGGUCACCUAUUUCAUGGAGAUCAAAAAGGCAAAUAGUGGUAGCAAAGUCAUCAGCAGAAGCAGAGUACAGAGCCAUGGCAGCAACAGUCAGUGAAGUAAUAUGGUUAAGAUGGUUAUUGACAGAACUAGGGGCAUCACAGCAGGAAGCUACUACCAUGUUCUGUGAUAAUCAAGCGGCAUUACAUAUUGCUAUGAAUCCCGUUUUUCAUGAAAGGAUGAAGCAUGUAGAAAUGGAUUGCUAUUUUGUUCCAGAACGAGUUCAAUCAGGAGAAAUAAUGCCUACAAAGAUUUGGACGAAGGAACAGGUAGCAGACAUGUUCACAAAGCCGUUGGGAAAAGACAGAUUUGAAUCCCUACUCAGCAAGUUGGGCUUUGCAAAUCUUCAUGCACCAACUUGA